AUGAAUGUGAAGAAAGGCAAUGACCAAAUGAGUCUUGACAUGCCACUUAUUGACGAGAAGUCAACCCUUAUGCAAGGAUCUGUUAGUGUGAAUAGUCUUCUCAAGUUAAGAAAAUUCAAUUCUAAUCGAUACUGGAUCUUACACGCAAGAAGUCUGCCGUUUUUCUUCUGA